AUGGAACCUUCUGGGCCACUUCUGCGAGCUUUUCAAUCUCGUUUGGAUCAGAGAGAGGUCAAGGGACAUCGUCGCCGUCUAAAAGUUGCACCGCCCAAUUCGGUUGAUUUCUCCUCCAACGAUUUCCUGUCUUUGUCAACCUCAGACGUCCUUCGAUCUCACUUUCUUCAAACUCUUGCCAGUGAGUCUUCUUCACAUGCGCUUGCAAGUAAAGGAUCCCGACUCUUGGAUGGCAAUUCUGCCUACGCAGAGAAGUUGGAGCGUUUCAUAGCCUCCUUCCACCAUGCGGAGAGCGGCUUGCUAUUUAACUCCGGUUAUGAUGCAAAUCUCUCGGUAUUUUCUUGCAUUCCGCAGCCAGGGGAUGUUAUUUUGUACGAUGAAUUGAUCCACGCCAGCGUCCAUGAUGGCAUGAGGCUGUCAAGGGCGGCUAAAAGGAUCCCGUUCAAGCAUAAUUCCACCGAUUCAUUUUUCGGCAUUGCGCAGGGCCUGGUGCAAAACGACCCUCUAAUAGCGUCAGGAGAGCGGAGCGUCUUUGUUGCAUUGGAAUCGCUCUACAGCAUGGAUGGAGAUAUUGCUCCCAUCGCGGAGCUUCUGGAGGUUGUUAGGGAAGUGUUUCCCCAAGGAAACGGAUAUAUGGUUGUGGAUGAAGCACACUCAACUGGUGUCUUCGGGCCCCGAGGUGCAGGGGUCAUUCAGGAGCUCGGUGUGGAGAAUCGUAUUUUCCUCAGGUUACACACUUUUGGCAAAGCAUUAGCAAGUCAUGGAGCUAUUGUUCUCUGUUCUCCCCUAACCAGAGAAUACCUGAUCAACUACGCUCGAAGCUUCAUUUACUCUACAGCGAUGAGCCUUCCGUCCCUCGUCUCCAUCCGCGCUGUAUAUGACCUCAUGAGCCAGGGAGUAACAGAGACUCUCCAAUCCCAACUGUACGAACUUGUCCAAUACAUGGGUACCAGACUAGAAAAACAACUCCCUGAAGACCCCGCCCUCAUCAGAGUGCAACAUCAAGGUCGAUCUCCUAUCUUCUCGCUUCAAACCGCAAUGCCACGUGAGCUUGCAAGCUUCCUGCAAAGCGAGGGACAAAUAGUCCGUGCAAUUAUGCCCCCAACAGUACCCAAGGGAACUGAACGGGUGCGAGUAUGCCUGCACUCUAAAAACACAUUUCAAGAGAUCGAUAGGUUGACCGAUCUGAUAAAAAAAUGGAUUGAGCAGCAACUCCCAGGCAGGGCUUGUAAACUGUAG